AUGCAUUCUGCAUUCUGUGCUUGCCAUUCCCUCAUGAUCAUGUGCUACCGACAGGUAGUCAGACAGGUAGAGAGACCAAGGACCAUCAAUGACCCAUUCUCCUUUGCACGUCCGUUCAGACCUGAGACGUUUAUUUACACUACCUGCUUGUGGAACAUAUUGCACUUAUUUAUACUGAGAGCUUGCGUGGGAGUUCACGCAGCAGUUCAAGCAAUGGUUUUUGCUGCUGUUUUGCUGCUUUUGGUUGCGAAAGCGCUCUUUGUCGUUUCUCGAAGUCUCCAGCUUUCGUCUAACUCUUCAGCCAUACCUGCUAAGGCAGAUGGCUGUUAUCCAGGCCAGACGGCCACCAAAACAUUUGCAUGUCGGUCCGGCUGCAUGACCCAGGUCUCGGAUCUUCUGAGUCCUCACAAUAUGUAUUGGCGCUUUGGCCGGGAUGAGCCCAUGAAGCAGCUUCUGGAGACACCUUUGUUACAACUGGCAGCCUCUGAAGGAGCUAUGGUACCAGUGACCUUGGGCCAUGUUAAGGAGCCAGGCGAAUACCUCAUCGCGCGCUUUCUGGUGUCUGGCACUGAUGCACAAAAGAGCCGCUAUCGCGAGUUCUCCAGUGGAAUUCUGGACGCCCUGCAGCGAGAGCGCUUGAUGAUGCGUUUGGAGUGGAUCUUUCACUCGAUGUGGGAAAUGCCUCUCACCUGGGGGGAUGGCAUCGAUGACACGGACUUUGCAGCACAUGGUUCAGCCUGGGGCGUGUCCGUGAAGCCGGCGUACGGGUAG